AUAUUCCGUAGUUCAAAAUUGUAUUAUUCUAUGAACCCUAAUUAUUAUUAUUAGGUAUUUAUUGCAUUUCCACUUAAAUGUCUUCUGCAACUUUUGGUCAAAAAAGUUUUAAGCCAACACCUCCUGAAAAGGGUAGUUUUCCAUUAGAUCACCAAGGUCAAUGCAAAAAAAUUGCUUACAAAUAUAUGUUUUGUUUGAGUGUUCACAACGGGGACAACUCACAGUGUCGUCAAGAAGCCAAAAAUUAUUUAGAUUGCCGUAUGCAAAAUGAUUUGAUGGCAAAAGAAGAAUGGACUAAGCUUGGAUUGGCUGAUGUUGAAAAUACUAAGAAAAAUAAUACAACUCAAUAAUCAUGCCACAUG